CCGAUGGUUCAGUAUACGACUGAUGUGGAAGCAUUUGAAGGAUCGGCACCUCAGCGCUCGUAUGUCUCUAUAAGAACUGCGGUAAGACGCUACAUAGUACGAUACAGAACAUCCCUGCUACUAAAUGACUGCAAGCAACACGCAUAAAAAUGUUGUCGUCUUUGGGCAGACAGGAGCAGGCAAAAGCUCACUUAUCAACCUCAUGGCGGGAAAGCGCGUAACGCACACAUCCAACGACAUGAAACGCUGCACUUUGAGCUGGGCAGAAUAUGACAUUGAAUUCGGCGGCGAGUCUUACAAGGUGUUCGAUACUGUCGGACUCGAGGAACCACAGCUAGGACUCCCACAGUACCUUGAAACUGUCAAGAAUGCCUGUGAGCUUAUCCGGAAUUUGGAGAGACAAGGCGGCAUUGAUCUGCUUCUGUUCUGCAUGAAAGCAGGCAGACUCACUGCUACGCUUCAGAGCAAUUACCUGCUCUUUCACGAAUUCCUCUGCGAGAAAAAGGUUCCCAUUGUUAUAGCGAUCACGCACGUUGAACAAUCAGAGGAGGAGGGCCGGCUGGAUGCCUGGUGGGAGAGAAACGAGGAAAUCUUCCUUGAACAGGAUGUCCGUGUCGAUGGCCAUGCUUGCGUCGUUGCCGCUGAUCGGAAUAACAAAUACCCCCUCCAAUAUAAAGAAUCGCACGUCAAAAUCCGCAACCUUGUCAAAAAGUUUAGUAUUAUCGACGGGAAACGACCAUUGCCAACAGGAGACAACCUGGUCGUGAGGUUUAUGUCGAAGCUGAAGAAGCUAUUACUUCCAGGUCGAGUGACUAGGAGGGAUAUUGUCCCUUACCUCACCAAGCGUUGUGGUGUGUCUCGAGAAGCUGCAACACAAGUGGCUGAUAUGAUCAAGAAGUCGAAAUAGGUGGCUACUUGACUUUCCGUGUUAAUCCUAACUUACAUACAAUUCUCGCUAUGGUCGGAGAACUGUCCACAACGGUUGUUAUAUUAUCGUACCGGCGCGGGGCGUCCAUCCCUGACUCGUUCUUUUUCGUGUACAUCUCACAGAGUCUGUGUAGUCCAUCAAAUAGAGUUCGAGAAGUACGUGCAGCGUAACGUAACAACGGCAUGACGA